AUUAUCCAGUCGCCAUGGCCGUCGGCAUCUCUCCGCUCGAAUUAGCUGCCUUCGCUUGGUCUUCCUCCGCCUCCUCUUCCUCCUCCUGCCGUCUCGAUCCCUGCCCGUCGAGGAGGAUUAGCCAGCGGAACUUCUCCGUCAGGGCGGCGAAGAGGAGGAGAACCGCCCGUAAGGGGCCCCAGCAGAACGCCCGGCUCGACCUGUCUCGGAUCCUCAGGACGGAGGCCGCCGUCCUCGGAGUCGAGCGCAAGGCCGGCUCUGCCAAGUUCACCCGCCUCUGGCCCAGAGCAGUGCUUGAGGCGCUCGAUAAUUCCAUAUCCGCUAACCAAUGGGAAUCCGCUCUCAAGAUCUUUGGACUGGUUCGGAGACAGCAUUGGUAUCAGCCAAUUUCCCGAACCUAUGCAAGGCUAUUAACCAUGCUGGGCAAGUGUCGGCAACCUGAUCAUGCAACUUCACUUUUCAGAGUGAUGCUGUCCGAGGGCCUCAAACCAACGCUUGAUGUUUACACAUCACUUGUUGGCGCAUAUGGUCAUAGUGGCCUGCUAGACAAGGCAAUUUCUACACUUGAGGAGAUGAAUGCAAUUUCUGAUUGUGAACCAGAUGCUCAUACUUACACCGUCCUCAUUAGCAGUUGUUGCAAACUUAGGUGCUUUGAGUUGAUUCCGCAAUUGCUUAUGGAAAUGUCUUAUUUGGGGAUCGAGCCGAAUACAGUUACUCAUAAUACCAUUAUAGAUGGUUAUGGGAAAGCUAGGAUGCUUGAGGAGAUGGAGAGUCAUUUGUCCACUAUGCUUGAGACUGGAAAAUGCUUGCCUGACAUAUAUACAAUGAAUUCUUUUGUUUGGGCUUAUGGAAAUAAUGGAAGGAUAGAAGACAUGGAAAAGUGGUAUGAUGAAUUUCAGCAUAUGGGUAUCGAGCCUGACAUCCAGACGUUCAAUAUCUUGAUCAAGUCGUAUGGUAAAGUACGCAUGUUUGAGAAGAUGGGGUUGGUUAUGAAUUUUAUGAAGAAACGUUUCUUUUCUCCAGACACAGUCACCUUCAAUAUUAUCAUAGAAUGUUUUGGGAGGGUUGGCAAUAUUGAGAAGAUGGAAUAUUAUUUCCGUUUGAUGAAAAUUCAGGGAGUCAAGCCUAACUCUGUUACUUACUGCUCUGUAAUUAGUGGAUACACUAAAGCUGGUCUUCUCGAGAAGGUUCCUGCGAUCAUCAGGCAAACGGAGAAUACUGAUGUUGUACUGGAUGCACCUUUCUUCAACAGUGUUAUUGCAGCAUAUGGGCAAGCUAGAGAGUUGAAAAUUAUGGAAGAAAUGUUUGCGCUUAUGAAGGAAAAGAAUUGUGUGCCUGAUAGAGUUACAUUUGCAACGAUGAUCCGAGCAUACAGUGAUAUGGGCAUGCAUGAAGUUUCCAAAAAGUUGGAGGACCAAAUGUAUGCCCUAGAAAGCAAAGGUGAAGAGUGUGCCCCUUCAAGGUUGCACGAAUCAGAACCCACAAGAUUUGCUAACGCGUUGACAACAAGAACAACUUGAUCCGAAGAGUAGGUAGCUACUGCAGUGAUGGACCUGACUUUCAUUAGGGUGGUAGCAGAAGUCGUUGAGAUUGGCCACUGCUUUUCAAUUGCUUCUUGUGCUACAAGAGUCGUGGAUGAAUUUUGGAUAUCUGCUACUGCAGCAUCCAGCAUCUAUAGUCUCAGGACUUCUACAUUCGAUUACUCAACAUAUACUCUCAUGCGAACAUUGUUGAGAUGUACAGAACCAGGCCCCUGGCGGGAAUAUGAAUCUCACAGCUCAAACCUACUUAUAAAGCCGGCAGAAAAACGAACAAGAUGUAAUUGAUAAUUAACUUAUCAUAAAUAUAAUAAAAUGUUUUGAGUUAACAAUAAAUGUAAUUGUUAGUUAUCUUGUCAUUCAUCAUUGUGUUAGUCAUACUGUACAACAAUUCUAAACGAGGCUAAUGAAGGAGCUCAGCUCGUUGGUGCCUUGUGCCUAUAUA